AUGUCAACGAGGCGCAAAGUCAUCGUCUUGCUUUUCGAUAUUGAGCAUUACUCUAGCUUCAACGGACUGGCCGUCUACUCGUUUCCGCAUCACUCACCGCAUCAUGACCCAAGACUUCCACCUUCAGUCCGAGGACAAAGUCGAUGCCUUCGAAGCGAUCUUCGAGAUGCAAGCCGUUCUCGAACAACUUCGUGCUCGUCUACCGAAAACUUUCGAGCGGCUCCUGAUCACGAGACCUACCUCUACCACCUUUUCCGCAUCGUCUGCGAAAGCUUGGUCAAGGUAGGAGAAGAUGCAGCUUUGACCGGCGAGCGUAGCAUGAGGUCGUACACUCUAGAUGGACCUGAUGGAAUUCCCUUGAUCGUAGUUCGAGUCCAGGAUCAGGAGGAAAACGACGCGUUUCUUCUGAACAAGGCGGUUAUGUAUGAGGAUUCGUGCCCAGCUUGUAGAGAGAUCAACGCUGCUAGGAAGGCAGCUCUGGAUGUUGAAGAUGGGAGUGUCGAUGCAGGCUCGCCUUGA